AUGAAACUCCUUCUGCUGAUCACUCUGCUCGCAGCAGGCGCUACUGCACACAGCAUCAGCCGUCGGGCUUUGUGGCAGUUCCGCAAUGUGAUCAAGUGCACCAUCCCCGGGAGCAACCCCUUGUUGGAAUACAACAACUAUGGCUGCUACUGUGGCUUGGGUGGCUCAGGCACCCCCGUGGACGAACUGGACAGGUGCUGUCAGACUCACGAUAACUGCUACACACAGGCGAAGAAGCUGAAGGACUGUAAAGUCCUCAUAGACAACCCCUACACCAACUCAUACUCAUUCAAGUGCUCCGGGAACGUGGUCACCUGCAGUGCCAAAAACAACGCCUGCGAGGCCUUCAUCUGCAACUGCGACCGUGAGGCUGCCAUCUGCUUCUCCAAGGCUCCCUACAACAAGGAGAACAAAGGAAUUAAGUGCUAG